AUGGGCUCCGUGCUGCCCGCGGAAGCGCUCGCGCUCAAGUCGCGGCUGCGCGCGCCCGCUCUGUCGCUGUCCGAGCUCAUCACCUGGGACCUCCUGCACAGCUUCCUGUACGGGCGCUGGAGGAGCGCGCUCGGCGACGGCGGGAAAGUGCUCGCGCUGAGCCCGCGCACCGCGUUCACCGCCGAGGCCCUGGCGCAGUCCUUCGCGGGAGAAGUUCAGAAGCUGUCCAGCCUGGUGCUGCCCAGCGAGGUCAUCAUCGCCCAGAGCUCCAUCCCUGGGGAAGGCCUGGGGAUGUUCUCCAAGACCUGGAUCAAGGCUGGCACAGAGAUGGGCCCCUUCACCGGCAAGGUGGUGGCCCCCGAGCAUGUGGACCUUGAUAAGAACAAUAACCUCAUGUGGGAGGUCUUCAACGAGGACGGCACGGUGCGCUGCUUCAUCGAUGCCAGUCAAGAGGACCAUCGCGGCUGGAUGACCUACAUCAAGUGCGCCCGAAACGAGCAGGAGCAGAACCUGGAGGUGGUGCAGGUCAGCGGCAGCAUUUUCUACAGGGCCGUGCAGACCAUCCCUCCGGACCAGGAGCUGCUGGUUUGGUACGGGAAUUCACACAACACCUUCCUGGGCAUCCCUGGGGUCCCGAGUGGUGAGGAUGAGCACCACAAGAAGAACAAGAGCUGUGAGGAAACACACGUAAACGAGAGCCCUGCGUUACACGCCUCGCCCAGCAGCUCCUGCAGCUCCCCGUCCUUGACGACCCCCAGCCGCAUGCGCUGCGUCAUCUGCCACCGGGGCUUUAACUCGCGCAGCAACCUGCGCUCACACAUGCGCAUCCACACGCUGGACAAGCCUUUCGCCUGCCGCUUCUGCGAGCGCCGCUUCAGCCAGUCGUCCACGCUGCGCAACCACGUGCGGCUGCACACGGGCGAGCGCCCCUACCGCUGCAACGUGUGCCAGAGCGCCUACUCGCAGCUGGCAGGGCUCCGCGCUCACCAGAAGAGCGCCAGGCACCGGCCGGAAGGGGCGGUUCCCACGACAACCAAGCGCUCGACCCCUGCGGAUCGCCUGGCGCCCCUGGGGCAACGCGUUCCCGUCAUGGCGUCGUGACAGCUGUGUGGAGACGCGCGCGCUCGGUCAUACGUGUACAACAACCCUGCACUUUACCCCUGCGGCUAGGAGGCCCACAGCAGCAGGGCCUCACGCCAUCGGCGCUGAUGGAGGGCGCUUCGCUAGCGGAAACGAGGAGUGAAAACAUGGUCGGAACGACGAGUCUUCCGUGAGAUUCAUCACGUUUAUUAUACUGCUCAAAAUGUCCAAUGCCAUACACACUGGCUCCUCAACUUACACACGCAGCUGGGACCGGAAGUGUGUUCAAUACUCCCAUUUGUCUGGAACUCCACAGUCAAUCACACCAAUAAGUCACAAUCAAUAAAAACAGCCUAAUACAGACGUCUCACCAUUUUUUCAGGCCUUGGGUUGUGUAAAAACCUCAGACAAUUAAUAAAAAUACCCUUACACUUCCAUACCUCCAUUAUCAGUAUCUGUUAACAUUAUCAGUAACUGCUUGUCCAGUGCAGGGUUGCAGUGGUCCAGAGUCUCCCCUGGACACAUAGGGUGCAGGUCCAUCACAGUGUAACACUUCUCGUUAUUUUUUAUUUACAUCAAAGUACCUUAGGUUAGAACUGAUUUAAAAUGAUUGAAAACAAAAGAUCUACCAUCAUCUAUGCAGCCUCCUACUCAACUCCGGUUGACUCCUACAAUACAAUAAACAAGUCCAGUGUUCGAUGCCUUCUCGUCGCUUUCACUUUUCUCUGCUAUCUACGCAACUAGUGUGCCUGAUGUCGUUUGAUGUAUUUAUGGAUGAGGUUAUGUACCAUCCUGCGUACAGCUGUAAUUCAUAAAAUAAGGCUUUUCAUUGUUAAAUUUUCAUCAACUUCCACCCACUUCAAAAUGAAAACAAACUUCAAACAGCUCAGAAAUACCUUCUCUCUACAAACUCAUGUUCACUGCCGGUUGUUGACUAUUCAUCCCCAGGAACAUAUGCGAUGCUUUUCGUCUUGUUACUAAUCAGCAUUCAAAGAAAUCGGAACUGAGCUGUAAACACUGUGGAAGUGAGUUGAAUGAAGUCGGUUCCACACGUGCCUUGGAAAAUUCGUAACUCGAACGUUUGUAAGGCGAGUGUAAUUACUAGGCUGUUUACAGGUUGUAGUUUGAGUAAAGAGUAAACUGGGCCUGUAUGAGUAGGCCUUGAUCUGGAGAGAAUGGACGGGAUGGAAAAUAUCAUAUUUAGAUUAUUAGUUUUUUUUUUUUCCAGUUAAUUUUCUCUGUGAUUUAGUUGUGUCUGUUUCGGGAUCUGUGUUCUUUUGCUCACAGACGCACGAUAGUCACUAUCCUGGUCUCGAGUUGGGCUGCGACGCCAAAAGGUGAAAAAAUAAGAAUCAGGCGAAGCACUGAGAAUGAGUGUUAUUUACACAGAAGUUCGAUUUUUAAUUUAGGGAGUCACACUGAAACGAUCAUCCAGGUCCGUCGACCACAGUUACAGCAAUGGCAGGAGCCAUGUGGUGUAUUUGACCCUAGACCGCUUUGCUCUAGUUUAACCCCAGAUGCUGCCCUGCUCAGGAGAAGUAAAAGUUUGCUGUAAAAUGGAGGAAAAAGGUUUUUAAGAGGAAAUCACUGUUUCGGCUGUGCUCACAUUUUGCAAAUAUUGAACAGUCACUUUAUCUCUGUAAAUACAUGAACGCAGUUAAUUAGAAAGCAUCCCUUUUGUGUCCUGCAUAGUAUGCAAAUGAACAUGAGUGUAACUUACAGCACCUGUCUUUCCAAUA